UACAAAGAAGGAAUUCAGGAUGCAAAUGCUAAUGCCCUCAGUAGAUUACCAUUGCCAGACACCCCAGGUUCAACACCAGUUCCUGAAGAAACAAUCUUACUCAUGGAACUAUUGGAGACUACUCCAAUAAGAGCAGAGCAAGUGAAGAACUGGACAAAGAGAACUCCUAUACUUGCUAGAGUUUUGAAAUUUAUUAAACAAGGUUGGCCUAGCAAGUGUCCAGAUGGGGAGUUUCAACCAUAUUUUCAACGACGAGACGAGCUGAGUGUUCAAGACGACUGUAUACUUUGGGGAAACAGAGUGGUUGUUCCACCCCAAGGAAGAAGGCAAGUGGUUGACGAAUUACAUGAAACCCACCCAGGAAUAUGUAAGAUGAAAAGUCUAGCAAGAAGCUACGUGUGGUGGCCGAACAUGGAUAACGAUUUGGAAAACAAAGUACGAACGUGCAACAACUGCCAGAUAAAUAGAAAGAAUCCUCCUGAAGCGCCACUGCACCCGUGGGAAUGGCCAAGCCGACCAUGGGAAAGAAUUCAUAUUGACUAUGCUGGUCCAUUCUUGGGAAAAUGUUCCUCAUCAUGGUCGAUGCGUACUCAAAAUGGCUCGAAGUGCAUCCAACGAAUGUGGCAACAUCGAGAGCAACAAUUGAAAAACUUCGAUCAACAUUUGCAAUCCACGGCCUUCCUAAAACAAUUGUUAGUGAUAACGGUAGUAAUUUUUGCAGUGAAGAAUUCGAAGAAUUUCUGGCGAAAAACGGCAUUCACCACAGAAGGACUGCUCCUUAUCAUCCAGCCUCCAAUGGACUUGCAGAACGGGCGAUCCAGACGUUUAAGGAAGGAUGAAGAAGAUGUCAAAUAA